AUGACAGGCUCAGGAGCCGGUCCAUCCAGGCGAAGCCAUACCAAAAGUCGCAAAGGUUGCAAGACCUGCAAACGAAGGCAUAUCCGGUGCGAUGAGACAUACCCGCAAUGUCGCAACUGUACCAAGCACCAAGUCCGCUGUGAUUAUAUGGAGACUGCGGGCUCCGAUAUCGAAAGCCAACAAAGUCCGGAACAGCAGAGCCUGCAGCUAAGUCCAGGCUCAGAGUCUCGCGUUGAGCAGUGGCAGCAAUCAGGCCGUUUCCCGUAUCCAGAGAUGCAGGUGUUUCCACAUCCGCACGCCCACGAGUACUCCCGAAACGAUCUUCGGCUCAUUCAUCAUCUCUCAACUAUCGCAAACAAUCUGACACUAAAAGGCGCGUCUCAUCUUACGACCUGGACGCAGAAAGUGCCCAAGUUCCUAAGUGUGGCGUCAACGCAUCCAUACGUGAUGCACGCUUUACUUGCGAUGUCUGCGAACCAUCUCGCUUGGCUGCAUUCCUCGAAUGCCACACGCAAUCUUUACCUCCACCACGGAAGUAUUGCGCUUCGUGGUCUGCAUGAAGCGAUCGGCAACUUCUCGCAUGCCAACGCAGAUGCAGUGCUCGCGGCUUCACUCCUGCUAUUUUGGCAAGCCACAGACUGGCGCAGUUGGUCCUCUCUUCGUGCCGGGAUUCAAUCGGUUAUUGCCGCAAUGCAAUCGUGGAAACACGACUCCGUGUUUGCCGAGUAUGUGAUUGAAGAAGAUGCACCCACCAACCCAUUUCACACGCACCGAAGACGGUCUUCUGUGAGCCCGGUCGAGAGAAGCGCGUUGCUUGAAAACGCAGCAUAUGCUCUACAGAGGCUUCAGCUGGGCUUAGCAGGCGCGCAGAUGGAGCUGCAUUGGACGACUCAGUUGGUUCACUACGUCCAGCAACUGCAGACCCUGCCAUCUGCGCAAACUCCCGAAGAGCAGUUCAACCAUUUCUAUCAACUGCGUAAAUGGCUAUUCUGGGUUCCGGUGCUCCUGCUGCAACGUGAGGGUGGACAAGGCCCGGCAAUGCUAACGAUUGCGCAUUUCUAUGCAACUGCCCUGGCUAUCGACCCGCUAUUUCCCGAUCUUGGUUCCUCAUUCUGCUCAGCAGCAUCGCUUCCACCACUAGAGGCUAUUAUUGCUGUGACCGACGCCAUGCACUCGGAACGUGGAGCGGAUACCUCACUUCUGGAGGUCGCAUCACUCAUGCAGUUCCCACGACAAGCAGCAUUCGAAUACCGGCAUCGCACGCUGCAAGUUCAGCAGUCGGCGCUUUCUCAGCAGCCUGUAUCAUUCGGUAUCGACCCCAGCACGCUGAGCUACACCAAUAUAGGCAACCUCAGCCCUGCAUUCGCACCUGCUACUCCAAUGUACGACGUAAGCCAGCAUACAUCUCCGUCCGGCUCUUCUUUCCUUGGCGUCCCUACCCCUUACUCCUUCUCUUCCGGGACUCAACAGUAUGGGAUUCCUUCACCUGGAUUCCCCCCUUUCACUUUGCAGGCACAGGAGCAUGUUUACAGCUUCGGCGGCGGGUUCGUACCGACAGCUAUAUGGGCAUGA